UGGGGCUGGAGAUGGUCGGCGGCGACGCCGAUGUCCCCGCCUACGACUCCGGCUUCGGCUACGGCUGGGCCGGGGUGUGGUCCACGGUUGCCAGCCUGCUCUUCCUGUGGUCCAUGGUGCAGGACCACCUACCCUUCCAGCUCGAGGACCACCUCGCCGCCCUGGCGCGCCGCGUCCUCGCCGCCGUCUCCCCCUACGUCACCAUCACCAUCGACGAGCACGCCGCCGACUCCUUCGCCCGCAGCGAGGCCUACCGAGCCGCCGAGGCCUACCUCAGCGCCACCUGCGCCGGCCGCGCCGCCAGGCUCCGCGCCGACCUCCCCGACGGCAGCGACCGCGUCAGCCUCGCCGUCGACGACCACGUCGAGGUCGUUGACGACUUCCGCGGCGCCAGGCUCUGCUGGCGCAAGACCAAGACGCUCCGCCGCACCAACGUCAUCGCCUGGAACCCGCGCGAGGAGGAGCGCCGCGCAUACCGCCUCACCUUCCACCGCCGCCACCGCGCGCUCGUCGAGGCCGCCUACCUGCCGCACGUCCUCGCCGAGGGCCGCGCCGUCACCGUCAGGAACCGCCAGCGACGCCUCUUCACCAACAACACCAGCGGCGACUGGGGCGGCGGCGAGGACGGGCCCCGCGUCUGGAGCCACGUAAAGCUGGAGCACCCCUCCACCUUCGCCACGCUCGCCAUGGACCCGGCUAGAAAGCAGGAGAUCGUCGACGACCUCGAGAUGUUCCGCGACGGCAAGGAAUACUACGCGUCGGUGGGCAAGGCCUGGAAGCGCGGCUACCUGCUGUUCGGGCCCCCGGGCACCGGCAAGUCCACCAUGAUCGCCGCCAUGGCCAACUUCCUCGACUACGACGUCUACGACCUCGAGCUCACCGCGGUGAAGAGCAACACGGAGCUCAGGAGGCUCUUCAUCGAGACCACGGGCAAAUCCAUCAUCGUCAUCGAGGACAUCGACUGCUCCAUCGACCUCACCGGCAAGCGCAAGAAAAGCAACAAGAAUGACAAGAAGAAGAAGAAGAAGAUGCCGUGGGACAACGACGAGGAGGACAAGGACGGCAAGGUCACGCUCUCGGGCCUGCUCAACUUCAUCGACGGGCUGUGGUCGGCGUGCGGCGGCGAGCGCAUCAUCAUCUUCACCACCAACCACAAGGAGAAGCUGGACCCGGCGCUGAUCCGGCGGGGCAGGAUGGACAUGCACAUCGAGAUGUCCUACUGCUGCUUCGAGGGCUUCAAGGUUCUUGCCAACAACUACCUGGGCGUGGCCGAGCACGAGCUGUUCGGCGAGAUCCGGCGGCUGCUGGAGGAGGUGAACGUGACUCCGGCGGACGUGGCGGAGAACUUGAUGCCCAGGUCGAAGAAGAAGGACGUGGAUGCCUGCCUUGGGAAGCUUGUCAAGGCGCUCAAGGAGGCCAGCAGGGAGGCGGCAUUGGCCGCCAAACCACUGGCGCUGAACAAAGAUGAGGACAAGGACGAGGAGGGAACCGAUGAAGACGAGGACGACGACAACAGCAGUAUUACGAGCAGUGGUCACGAUUCCGAUUCCGACGAUGAGGAGGAAAAGACGACGAAGAAGAAGGAAGCCAAAAAAAAAGGAUAAAUAAAAAUAAGUAGUAAAUAGUUAUGAAGCCGAAUUUUAAUUCCACAUGUAAGUACAUGGGCAUUGAUACUGUCACUCACUUGCCACCUUGGCAUGUACUGUAUAUCUCCAUUAGCUCUAUAGAUGUACUCACCUGCUGUUAAGCAGCUUCAAAACUGCAAUAAAAAGUUGUGCAUAUUUGACCAAUA